AUGUCGCCGCAUCCCGACCGUCUAUCGAACACCAAUCUCGGCAAGCCAUUCCAUACAGAUUGGAAUACAAUCCAUGACUGGCAUAGCUAUACAAGGGGUCGCUUCCUUUUGAAUGAAGCUCAUGAACUGAGAAUUCGUCGCGCUGAUUUCAAUAUGAAUGAAUUGGCCAAGUGUGCGGCCGAAGCGGUCGGCUUUACGUUUUCAGACUGUGUUCGUAUCGAGAAGUUCUCGGAUGGAAUGUUUAAUAAAGCCUUCCUAUUCACGAUGCAGGAUGGGACGCAGGUUGUAGGUAAAGUGCCCAAUCCAAACGCUGGACGGCCUCACUACACCACUGCUAGCGAAGUGGCAACGAUGGAUUUCGUAAGGAACGAGCUGAGCACUCCAGUGCCGAAAGUAUUAGCCUGGAGUUCAAAAGCAGAUGGCAACCCAGUUGGUUCAGAAUACAUCAUCAUGGAGAAGGUUGGGGGUGUUCAACUUGAUAAAAUAUGGCCACAGAUGGACAUCAAGAAGAGGUUCGAACUCAUCAAAACAAUUUCUAGGUACCAAAAGGCAUGGAUGUCAAAAUCCUUUACCCAGUACGGGAGUCUCUAUUUCUCAAGCGAUCUGCAAGACCACCGUGGAUGCAUCAUUGUGAAUGAAGACGGGUCUCAAUCCGAAUAUGAUCGUUUUGCCAUUGGUCCAACAACAGGAAGAGAGUUUCUUGACGACGGGAAUGAUUUGCUUUCAUACAAAUCAGCAGUUGGCUUUCGAGAACUUGCCUGUGUACAAAAUAUGACUCAGCUACCCCGGUCACUUCUUGGGCUCUACGGUCCCGGUACAUACCAACCUUCACGUCCCAAAAAGGUAGCUGCUAUCCAGGACUAUCUCAGUCUGGUGCAGUUCUUUCUUCCCACUGACGACUCGAUUUGUUCCGCAUUCUUAUGGCAUCCUGAUCUCCACACCGAAAAUAUAUUUGUCGACCCCGACAGGCCGUCAGAAGUCUUAGGCAUUAUUGACUGGCAAUCCAGUGAAGUUCUACCAUUGUUUGAUCAUGCGCGUCAGCCAUACCUUCUUGACUAUGAUGGUCCUCCGGCAACUGGCCUUGAUCCACCAGAAUUUCCUGAGAACUUUGAUCAGCUUGAUCCUCCUGAGAAAGCAAAGGCCGAAAGGUUGUAUCUGAAUAUAUCACUUGCGACUCUUUAUAGGAAGCUCACUUAUGCCAAAAACAAGAAAUUGUUCGGAGCCAUGGAAUUUCAGCAGACAUCGAGUUUUGACAUGAUGCUAUUCGCUCAGAAUCUGCUGAUCGAUGGGGAAGCUCUAUACCGGGCCAGGGUCCUUGAACUUGGAGAUGAGUGGCCAUGCCUCCCAGGCGUACAAGCUUCCGGCAAUCCUCCUUUUCCUUUAGAAUAUUCCCCUGAAGAAGUCAAUUCAAUUGAGGAAGAUGCGAAUGGGGCAACCAGAAGCAUGGCAUUGAUGCAAGGUGUGAAAGAGUCACUGGGUGAGCUGUGGCCAGAGAAAGGUAUUGUGCCGCCUGAGCGGUAUGAUGACGCCCGGAAACUUUUAAAACAGGUCAAAACAGAAUUAAUUGAUCAGCUUGCACAAUCAGACGCAGAAAGACUUGAGUGGGAAAAAGCAUGGCCGUUUGAUGACUGA